AUGCCGUACCCGUACUUCCGCGUGUUUGGUGAGCACGUGAAGCCCAAGAUGAAGAAACUGUCGUUCGGGUGGGGAUGGAUUGGAAUUGGCGUUGGUACUUCCACGACAAGAAAGUUCCCGUUGCUGCCGCCGCCGAUCUUGCGGAGUAUCUUGGGCUACGCAGUACCUGGCUACACCGAAGACCUCGCGCCAACUAAACGCACAGCGACAAUCGCUAUGCUCAAGGAAUUGGAGUCGGUCGCGCCGACGUGGGCAGCUGCUAUGCAGGAGAUGGCUCGGCAGUAUCAACAGUCCGCCCUCACCAUCGUCUUCAAGACCGCUUCAUCUCGAGAACUGAGCAAAAUAUACUCCACAAUGGAGGAACAAGGAGCAAAUGCAAGCGAGCUUCGGGAGGCGAGCAAGAAGGCGGCCAAGGAGCUGCUGGCGCUCUGCGCGAAGGAGGGCGUCAAGGUCCCGACGAACCCUGUCAAUGCUGCCGUCGAGGCCGGCACGAUGCUCAACGCCACGCGCGAAAAUGGCGAGUUCCAACUGGACGCGGCACUGAAGGAGAUGAUCAAGAAGUUCGGCGUGAAGGAGUCGGCGUCUCCCAAGAAGGCCAAGAAGGGCAAGGCAGACGACAGGUGCGACGUCAAGACGGAGAAGAAGACGCGCGGCCGCAAGCGCAAGGCGGACGACGUCAAGGACGAGGACGCACAGGACGACGACAAGAAGGCCAAGAAGCCACGCAAGAAGGCCGAGGCCACGUGCGAGUCCAACCAGCCGCUGGCCGACGCCUUCGCCGAGCUCUCGGGCUUCGAGUUCAAGCGCGGCGAGAAGUUCAAGGGCGGCACGUGGUCCAAGGUGGCCAAGGCCAUCCGCGAGUGCGAGACCGAGAUCUCGUGCGGCAAGGACGCGCUCAAGCUCAAGGGCGUGGGCAAGUCGUCGGCCGCCAAGAUCGACGAGUUCCUCGAGACGGGCACGCUCGAGAAGCUCGAGGAGUACCGCGCAGGCAACAUGUAGCAAACACCACCACACCAUCAAUCACACCGCGGUUAGCUCAAGGUU